AUGCGCGCAACUAGCCCACCCGAGUAUCAGCGGCUACAGGCUCUGCGGACCACGUUAGAGCUUCAGACGUCGCAUCCUAUCAUGAUCAGUGCCAACAGCCACACCGCGGUGGCAAAGGGACAUGGAAUCACAGAGCAUGGGGAUCUCAAUCCAGGGGUCGUAGAUCAAUCUAGUGGAAGCCCCAACCCAUUGGCGGAAAACAGCGAUGGAGAUUGCGUCAAGGGCAGGCCUUCGCUCUUCUAA